GUCUUCAUUCAAGAGCCCAUUAACUUGGCCCGUUAGACUGCGUGUCGACAUUCAACAAAACCAUUCAAAGAAUAUGGCCUUACCUUCCGCCAUGGCCUAUUGGCGAUACUCCUCACUCUUUCUGUAUCACAAACUCAAAAAGUUUUUGCAGAGUUAAGAUAAGUCUUUCUGAUUUGAAAAAUCUAAAACCCUAAUUCCCUUUUCAAGCGUAGCAUGUUGAGGCUGUGGAAAUUGUACCAGAACUGUUUAUCGAACCACCCAGUUAAAACCCAGGUGAUUAGCUCCGGCGUCAUUUGGGGAUUUGGCGACGUAGUUGCUCAGGUCGUUACACAGUCCACCACCAGAGCGCACCAUAGUAAAACCCAUGAUGCAGAUAAUGAACUAAAAAUCAACUGGAGGCGAGUUGCUUCCACAACCUUGUUUGGUCUCGGAUUUAUUGGUCCUGUUGGCCAUUUCUGGUAUGAAGGCCUGGACCGGAUAAUUAGGGUUCGGCUAAAGCUAAGGCCCAAUUCCUUCCGUUUUGUGGCAACAAAAGUCGCUGCUGAUGGCAUAAUCUUUGGGCCGAUCGACCUGCUCGUGUUCUUCACUUACAUGGGCUUUGCCUCUGGAAAAACUUCGGCCCAAGUGAAAGAAGAUGUCAAGAGAGAUUUUCUCCCAGCCUUGAUCUUGGAAGGAGGCGUUUGGCCUGCCGUCCAAGUGGCCAAUUUUCGAUUCAUUCCAGUUCGAUAUCAGCUUCUUUAUGUUAACUUCUUCUGCUUAUUGGAUAGUUGUUUUCUGUCGUGGGUCGAGCAGCAAGAAAAUGCUCCUUGGAAAAUGUGGUUAAAGUCUUUUAUGCCUUUGAAAGAAGGGGAAGGCCAGUGAUUGUUUUGAGUUUUUUGUAUUUACCCUUUUUGUAGUCUUAUUGUUUUCGGAUAUGAGAAUACGGUUUGGGCUUCGAGCUGUAUAUUUGAGUCGGGGUUUGGGGCGAACGAGCUUUUGCCGUGCAUGUGUGAGGAUUAUCAUUCUUUUUUUUUUUCUUCCCCCUUUUCCUCUUUUUGAGAAGAAAUUUGCAUGAAGAAGAUGAGAUUGAGCUCUGUAAGACUAACCAUUCUCUUGUAGUUUAAAUAUUUCAG